AUGGGCCAUCAUUGGUGGUGAAACUCAUGCGUAGGAAUAAUGAAGUUCUUUCCGGUGUUCUGCUCCCUGGUCGUGUGGGCGCCCCUGAAGCCCAUGUGUUGGGGGCUCUCACUCCGACUUUCCACCCUGAGGGAGUCCUGCAAGAGGGUGUGCAGGAUCUCCAAUACAAUCCUUUGGAAAUUCAAGACUCGCUUGACGUCCGCUAUCCUGAGCGUGGAGGACAUAUUGAAGAGGGAAUUCAUUACUGUCAAUCAGAAGCUGGAUGCCUUGUCACUAAAGAUGGAUAACGUGAGAGAGGAACUAGAGUCUAGCAUGGAAUUCCAGUCUUGGUUCACCUCUUACAGUGAGUAUAAAAAUACCAUUAAAAACGUAGAGAUAAAACUGGAGAGCACAGUCUCUCAGAUCAUAGAUGCUACGGAGAUCAAAGACAAACUCAAGUUGGCUGAAGACCUUUUAGAUUACUACAGGACUCAAGGCAUCGAAGCAGCAAUGAACAACAUCUUUCGCCUGACUGCCACUAGAGGUUCGGCCGAAAAACCGAACCUUUUCUACUUACACAUCCGGCAGUUUGACUGCAACGUAACAGGCCUGUCUCAACUGAUGAUAGUCAUCAUGAGCUUAGUGUUCAGUGGAACAAAACUGAUGUAUGCAUACUCGUUUUUUAGGAGCAAUAACCUGAAGCAAGUAGAAGAGCAGGUAGAGGCUGUAUAUGGACAACUUUACAAUGUUCGGCGGCAAUAUGAGAAUCACGUCUUCCAUUGUUAUGAAACUGCCACUGCCAGAGCUGAGAAGCGUGCUGAGGAUAUCAUGUUUGACAAUCCAAAACUUACAGGUGCACCGUUAACAGCCAAAUUGCAGCGUGAAAUAUCUAAGCUUGUCCCUUUGUAUAGUUGGGCUGUAGUACAGUACAACGAAUUUGGAAGGAUCCCACAGAGCAGUGGAGAUUGUGCUGUGGCAUCUAGAGGCCAUCAGAUCUUCACAGUCAGCCGUGAUCAACGAAAAAUACUCGUUAUGUGGGACUAUCAAGAAGAUCAAAAAUGCCAUGAUGUUGACAAAGCUAACACUUUUGUGCCGUUUCAGCUAUGUGAUGGAUGCAACAAUACGGUCCUGCAGAGUUCCGAGAGAAUUCUGAGUGGAAAAAGCUGCCCAAACUAUCUUACAACAACAGUACAGGAAACAAAAAGGACUUGCGGGUCUGACUUAUCCACUUCGGAAGUGAAUGACCUUAUCAACAGUAAUAAAUACUCCUUCGUAGCUGGAGGCUUCACCAGUGACCAGCAUCCCUGUCUAACACACGGGGAUGAGAUGUGUAGCGGUCAUGGGUCCUGCUACUCCAUUCCCUACAGUGACGACUAUAUGUGUUUCUGUUACUCUCAUUUUUGGGGUGAAAAAUGUGAGACUUGGUACAACCCCUCAUAUUCUGCGAAUGUAACUGACAUAAUGGCAAGCAUGAGAGAAUCUUUUGGCGUCUCCAUCGGUGUGCCCGAUGUUGUUGAUGUGUAUCUCGAGAUCCAAAGGUUUCCUCGUCAGCUCCGGGAAAUGCAGACGAGUAUUGCGGCUUCAUUCGAAGUUAGUAAUCAUCUUACUCUCUAUGGAGAUUCUUUCAUCAAAGCCGAACGAAUAGCAGACCUGUACAACCAACUCCUGACUGGGAAUAUAACUGAGAGCUCCUUUGGCGAGGAACUUUCUCAACUUAAUCCUGAUUUCAAUUAUAUUUUCUGGAACCUAAGGAAUAUGAUUGAUGGUAAUGGGAUCUUAACCUCAGAUGAUUUGAUGAAUUCAUAUAAGAAAUCACAGAAUUCUGCAGCUUGUACAAAAGGUUAUGAUGUACAGAUUUCUAAGUUCAUGAAAAAUAUUUUGACUUUGGACGAAGAGGUAACUGAAGCUCAAUUGAGAUUCCUAAACUGGAAGCGUAGUCACCAAGACUCUUCAAAGAGUCUGGAGAUCUUAGACCAGAUGAACAAAGUUAAAGACACGGCCGCCAAUCGUCAGCAAGGCUACAUCCACCACUGGGAGGUUACUUCUUGCCCGCAACUGCAUGCCGAAGACUUGGUCGAAAACCACUGCAGACGAUCCCUCUCGUACGAGGGUCUAAACGUUACCCUCCACUGCCGGAACAACAAAGAGCCGACGGUUGCGUCUGUCAGGUGCCACAGGGUGAGAGGCAAGCUUACUUGGAGCUCCAAGCCCAGCUGCGAGUAUGUCUGGGGCCCUUGGAGCGACUGGUCGACCUGCAGCACAACAUGCGGCACAGGCCAGAGGAGCAGGACGCGCCAGAAAUUCAGUGGAGAAGCAGACACUCAAACUAAGCAAUGCGAAGAACAGGAAUGUUGUCAAGAAAGGGACGGCCAGUUCCGGUGCCGCAACGGCGCGUGCAUCCCUGCGGAGUCCAAGUGCGACGCUCCGCGACGGACUUGA